AAGAGGCGGCCCUAUGAACGGCGGCGGCCGAUGAGCGCCCCCCAGUGGAAGCGGGAGGCCUCGCUGUGGCCAAGGAGAGAAAGGGAAGAGGGAACAAGUAAUGGCGGCCAGUUAGUGUGUGACUGAGCAGAGAAGUAGGAGGAGCUCUCCGCGCCUUCGGGCCCUUGUUUCUUGCCCGGCAGCAGCGGCGCCGCUCCCCAAAGCAGAGGAGGCGGUGGAGCCAGAGACAGCGCCGCCCUUCCUGGGGUGGCUGCAGCGGGGCCAUGGUGAACACCCGAAAGAGCUCGCAGCGUCUGCCCGGUAAAGCGGCGGUCCCCGGGCCCGGCAGCCAUUUCAUUUCAUCCAGGACCCGUUUGUCUAGGACCAGCGCCCGGGCGGCGGCGGCGGCGGCGGCAGCAGCAGCGGCGACGGCGGGACAGGAUGAAGAAUCGGCCCGGAGAGAUGAUGGUAGCGAUGGUAGCUUGAGUGAUAGCCCCGUAUCUCCUCCAGCCAAACGUACCUUGAAACAUGCUGAUUCUGUAUGCAAAGACAAAUCAAAAUCUCGCGGUACUGGGCAGCGAGAGGAAUGGAGCAUCUCAACUGGACAGUCCCGGUUAACUUCUCAAUCUGGUGCUACAUUACCAAAUGGGCGUAGUUUAUCUCUCAAAAGCUAUUCCCUUCGUGGGGAGAAAAAGGUUGAUGGGGACCAUCCUUGCAUAAAUGGAGGUAGAGAAAUCAGAAAAAGUUGCAGAUCCAGAAAAAACAGAUUUGAAAGUUUGAAUCAGAGUUUACUAUUUGAUCAACUAGUAAACAGUACUGCUGAAGCUGUUCUUCAAGAAAUGGACAAUAUUAACAUCAGACGGAAUAGGCGAUCAGGUGAAGUGGAAAGGUUGCGCAUGUGGACAGAUACAGAAUUUGAAAACAUGGACAUGUAUUCACGUGUCAAGAGGAGGAGGAAAUCAUUGAGGAGAAAUAGCUAUGGAAUCCAGAACCACCAUGAAGUUUCCACAGAAGGGGAAGAAGAAGAAUCUCAAGAAGAAGAUGGAGAUAUUGAAGUAGAGGAGGCAGAGGGAGAAGAGAAUGAUCGUCCGUAUAAUCUGAGACAAAGAAAAACAGUGGAGAGGUAUCAAGCACCUCCUAUAGUGCCAGCACACCAGAAGAAAAGGGAAAAUGCGUUGUUUGACAUACAUAGAUCUCCUGCAAGAAGAAGUCAUAUCAGAAGAAAGAAGCAUGCUAUUCACAGCAGUGAUACAACCUCUUCGGAUGAAGAACGCUUUGAAAGAAGAAAAUCUAAGAGCAUGGCAAGAGCAAGAAACAGAUGUCUGCCUAUGAACUUCAGAGCAGAAGACUUGGCCAGUGGAAUCCUGCGUGAACGAGUGAAAGUUGGUGCGAGUUUGGCUGAUGUAGAUCCUAUGAUUCUUGACAAAACGGUGCGCUUUGAUAGCAUAGGUGGAUUGAGCAACCAUAUUCAUGCACUUAAGGAAAUGGUUAUAUUUCCUCUUCUUUAUCCUGAAAUAUUUGAAAAAUUCAAAAUUCAGCCACCAAGGGGCUGUUUGUUUUAUGGUCCUCCUGGAACAGGUAAAACCUUGGUAGCUAGAGCUCUGGCCAAUGAGUGCACCCAAGGGGAGAGAAAGGUUGCUUUUUUUAUGAGGAAAGGAGCAGACUGUCUCAGCAAAUGGGUUGGUGAAUCUGAACGACAACUUCGACUCCUCUUUGAUCAAGCAUACCUGAUGAGGCCAUCCAUAAUCUUUUUUGAUGAAAUAGAUGGCUUGGCCCCAGUCCGUUCUAGCAGACAAGACCAGAUUCACAGCUCUAUAGUGUCUACCCUACUUGCUCUCAUGGAUGGACUCGACAACAGAGGAGAAAUAGUUGUCAUUGGUGCUACAAACAGACUUGAUUCUAUAGAUCCAGCACUCAGGAGACCUGGUCGUUUUGACAGGGAAUUUCUUUUUAGUCUGCCUGAUCAAAAGGCAAGAAAGCACAUUUUACAAAUCCAUACCAGGGACUGGAAUCCAAAAUUGUCAGAUCAUUUUUUAGGAGAAUUAGCUGAAAAAUGUGUCGGGUAUUGUGGAGCUGACAUAAAAGCACUUUGCACUGAGACUGCCUUGAUUGCCCUGCGACGUCGCUAUCCUCAGAUCUAUGCGAGUAGUGAGAAACUGCAACUUGAUAUUUCUUCAAUAGUUCUCAGUGCACAAGAUUUUUACCAUGCAAUGCAGAAUAUUGUGCCUGCCUCUCAACGUGCCGUAAUGUCAUCAGGACAUGCACUAUCUCCCAUCAUAAGGCCACUGUUGGAAAGAACCUUCAAUGACAUUCUGGCAGUUUUACAUAAAGUGUUUCCUCAUGCUGAGUUCAGCCAGGCUGACAAAAGAGAAGAUGCAACUAGUCUAAUUUUGGAUGAUAGUGAAGAUGAACACGCAUCAUCAAUAUUUGAGACAAAUUGCCAGUCAGGAUCACCAAAGAAACAUUUAUCAGCUGCUAUACAUAAACCUUACCUUCAUUUUACCAUGUCAGCUUACCAUCAGCCCACUUCUUACAGGCCAAGAUUACUGCUUUCUGGAGAGAGGGAUUCAGGGCAGACUUCACAUCUUGCUCCAGCACUUUUGCACUCUCUCGAAAAAAUUGCUGUACACAGAUUAGACCUGCCAGCACUUUAUUCGGUCAGUGCCAAAACACCCGAGGAAUCAUGUGCACAGAUCUUUCGUGAAGCAAGAAGAACGCAACCCAGUAUUGUUUACAUGCCUCAUAUUAGCGACUGGUGGGAAGCUGUCAGUGAAACUGUGAGAGCUACUUUCCUAACUUUGCUGCAAGACAUACCAUCCUUCUCGCCUAUAUUUCUGCUCUCUACCUCUGAAACCAUGUAUAGUGAAUUGCCUGAAGAGGUGAAGUGUAUCUUUAAAAUCCAGUAUGAAGAGGUUUUUUACAUUCAGAGACCUAGUGAAGAAGACAGGCGCAAAUUUUUCCAAGAGCUUGUUCUCAAUCAAGCAUCAAUGCCUCCUCCAAGAAGGAAACAAACGGCUCUUUCUGAUAUGGAGGUGCUUCCUCUUGCACUACCAUCACCUACGCGCCAGCUGUCGGAGACAGAAAAGCAGCGAAUGGAGGACCAGGAAGAAAACACAUUGAGAGAGCUGCGAUUGUUUCUCAGGGAUGUUACCAAGAGAUUGGCCACAGACAAGCGCUUUAACAUCUUCAGCAAACCGGUGGAUAUUGAAGAGGUUUCAGAUUAUCUUGAAGUUAUCAAAGAACCAAUGGACUUGUCUACGGUUAUCAGUAAAAUUGAUAAACACAAUUAUUUAACGGCAAAGGAUUUCCUAAUAGACAUAGAUCUCAUCUGCAGCAAUGCAUUGGAAUAUAAUCCUGACAAAGAUCCUGGGGAUAAAAUAAUUAGGCACAGAGCCUGUACUCUGAAGGACACUGCACACGCUAUUAUUGCUGCCGAACUUGAUCCAGAGUUCAAUAAAAUGUGUGAAGAAAUAAAGGAAGCAAGGAAAAAGAGAGGCUUCUCAGUAACAGCAGAGCAAAUAAAUCCGCAUGGUUCUGCUGUACAGAAAACAGAAACUAGAGUUGAAGAGGUAUUCCAGAACAGGCAAAAAAAUGCAAUGACAGUUUGGCACAACUCUGCAAGUAAAUGUGCAUUUCGAUUAAGGAGGAAAUCAAGACGACGUUCACAGUGGGGCAAAGGCAUUAUUAAAAAGAGAAAAGUGAAUAAUUUGAAGAAAGAUGAAGAGGAUGCCAAGUUUGCAGAUGAUGAAAACCCAGGGGAGGACAGCAAGUUGCUGGAGAACGGAGAACUUGAGGGAAGUACAGACUGCAUUGAGGAGAAUGGAGAGGAAACAGGAGAUCUCUCUCUGACAAAUGAUGAGUCAUCUUGUGAUAUCAUGGAUAUACAUGGGGAACAAAGUCUUAAUAAUGGGACGGUAGGGAAAGAAAAUAGUAUUCCAUCCACAGAAGAGAGCUCAAACGAAUCGCUUUUAGUAAGUAACAAAGUUACUGUGAAUGUCGGAAAGGAAUCCAAGGAGGAGUCAUUGUUCAAGGGGGACCGUUUAAAUGGCCAGACCUCUGAAGUGGCACCUAUUCCAGGAUGUCAGUAUGGCAAAUGUGAAUCAUUGAAUUCUGUUUUAUCUUCCGUCAUCCCUGACAUGUCUACUCCCAAACAAAAUGCAACAAUUGAUCACCAAAAGGAAAAAAUAGAACCUUCAAGCAAUAGUCCAGAUGUAGAACAAAUAAAACAGUCUGGCACUGAGGUACCACAAUGCAGCAAUAAUGAAAAUAAAUCACAAGGUGUAGAUCCGGAGACGAAAGAAACUGAAUCAGAUAAAGAAGGUACAUUGAAAAAUAGAAAACCUCGUAAAGUUGCUUUGGCACAGGUUCCAGAGGAGCAGUUAGAUCCUGCACCUCCUGUAAUUGUUGACCAUGACAGAUUAAUGAAUUUACUUGAUGUGUUGGUUAAAAAAAGUGACAACCUGACUGUUGACCAACUUGAGAGGCUAUAUUCACUCCUUAAUCAGUGCAUCUAUCGGCAUCGUAAAGAUUAUGACAAAUCACAGCUUGUAGAGGAGAUGGAAAGAACAGUUAAUAUGUUUGAAACAUUCCUGUGAACUCUUCAAGAUGUGCAGGUUUAUCUUUUCAUAAGCUGCUCACAGGAGAGCAGUCUACUGAGCCAUUCGAUUUCCAGUUGCACCAAGUACGUGCAGAGCCUUGGUCUUAACAUGCUUGCUCUUUGUCUCGCUUUCUGUUAUGAAUUUGGUGCUAUUGUCUCAGGUACCUGAAACCAGCCAGCCUACAACAACCAAACGGAACUUCAUAAUAUUUGUAUUUUGAUUAUAAAUAAAGAAUAUAAUGCCACAACUUGGGAGAUUUUUUUGGUGCUACAGAAACUGCUCUCAUUUCUGCUGUCUACAUGCAUUAUUAUGUGAGAAGCUUCAGGCAAAAUGGAACAGGCCGACAAACAAACUGGAUAGAGCAGAUCUAAUUGAUUGUUUUUAAGCGGGCAACUUCAAAAAAAAAUAUUUUCCCUUUUCUCUGAGGUAAUGGACAGAAGCCUGUUUUUAAAGCUGGCAGUAAAGAAUUGUGGUAAAAAUGAAUUAACUUUGGUAUACAAUAAUGUGAAGAUGAGGCUCUCUAGAGCUGCCUUCAAUGUGCCUUUUUAGUCAGAGGAGGAGAAGGAGAAGGCUAUUCAAAUGGUUGGGAUUGUAGUCAGUGACAGAGUUAGAAAGUUCUUUUCAAAAGCCUGUGUUCCCAAAGAACAUUUUCAGGUUCCCAUAUUGUCAAAUGGCAGCCAGUAUUAUGUUUUAACAUGUUUGUCUUGCUGUCCAGAAAUCUAAAUUAUGGAAAUAACCAUGUGCUUUCAAAAUGGUAAAAUGCAUUUAUUUCACAAGUAUAUUUGUUUUUGAAACAAAUUAUGCUGUGUGAAUCUCACAGUGAAUACUGAAAGUGGCUGUAGUUUGUUUUUGUUUUUUAAAUGUUCCAUUUUAUUACUUCAGAGUUCUUAAAAACAGGUUUCUUUCUAAACUUCCACUAUUUUGGAAGGUAAGACUUGCUGGGUGGCCACAGGGAGAAGAAAUGGUUUUGUCCUGCAGUCCUUUAGCCUUUUGUGAGUUAGCCCAGCUCGUUCAGCACAAUUCCCGUGGAACAGUGUUAAUUAGAAAAUAACUGAAUGUCCUUUCAUUUUGUUUGUUUUGGACUCCUGAAUGGCCUGUAAAGAUUGCAGUUUUCUAAAGCUGAAUGAUGUGACAAUAGUUUAAAACUUUUUCUUCUUUGGAAAUUAAGCAGCAGCACUCUAGGCAGCCAGACAUCUGUCACAGGCCCAGUAUUCCAUAGCCUCUCAGACAGAUUCCUUUUAGAGUAAUGUAGAAGAUGAGGUGCAUUUGUAAGCUAUUAUGAGGUAGUAUCCAUUUGUAUAAUCUGAAGCUGCAGGAGCGUCUUUUCCAGAAUAUGCAACUUAGUAUGUUUUAUUUUAUAUAAACAAAAACAGUCUUGGACUACUGCAGAGAUACUCAGCUACCUCAGCUUUUUGUAUUUUAGUUACCACCAGUGUUUUACAGAAGGCUGUAAUCCACUCUGCUACCGUUUACAUGCUGAAGCUAAGGUACUUUGUCACCAGUUGUGUAGCUUGUAGUAGUUUGCCUGUGCUGAAAAUCCGACUCUGGCCUUGGGCUACUGCAGUAAUCCAAAGUUCUUCUUUUCUUUCUUUUGUCAAAAUUUACACAAAAGCAUUCUAAUUCUAGCCAAGCCUUCCCCAGCCCCCCCUCAAAUGCCACUUGUUUAAUUCUUAAUGUGCAUUUAGUCUCACUAUUCUAAACACAACUCCUGUAGAAGUGCUGUAUUUUAGGUGGAAAAGUGCGAUUAAAUGAAAACAUUUUAAACUAGUUCUUUCAUUAUAGAAAUUUGGUUGUGGGGACUUUUCAUCUUUCUGUUAGUAUUUAUUGCCAUUAUAUCUGUUUAGGAUAUUUUGCUGUCAAAAACCAUUAGCAUUUUGUAUUUUGAUGGAAAUUGUUACAAAACUUUGAGAUUUGAUGAAAUAAAAUGUAGCAGAUUUUUUGUAGCAAGUUUCUGGUAAAACUAUUUUUUGCAAGUCUCGGGUUCUUGCAGCAUUUUUAAAAAUAUUGUAGUUUAAAUAUUCUUUUGUUCAAGUAGCAGCAGCACUUGUGAAAAGAGACUGCAUACAUUUUUAACAGGUUGCUAAAUUUGUACAAGUUUAAAUCCUUUAAAUAUAGUUGUUGGAUAAUUUGAAAAGUGUAUCUUAAAUUCAAGUCCAACAUUGAAAAUGCUUCCAACUGGUCAGUUAAAUGGGGGGGGGGAACCUUCAGUAGUUUUGGAUGUUAAUAAGAAAGUGAGGACUGCCUCCUAAAUGUUCUAGGUUUUUUGGAAGAAUUUAGCUUAUAUAAACGUGUUAGUGGGCAACAUUUAAAUUAUAUAUUCACUCUUCUGGCUCCAAAACCACACUAAAACAUGUAUUCCUUUUCUUUACUAAUAGCUUAGUGGUUGUAGAGUUAAACCUGUUAAUCUCUCCAUGUUGUCAAGUCAUUUACUAUCUGUAUUUUUGUUGCUAUUAUUUUGCCACAUAAAAUUGGCAAUAAUCUGUACAAAUCAAUUCCUGUUCCUUGUUAUGAAUAUUACCAAUGAACUCCUGUGCAAGGCCUUAUCCUAGGGCCAGUUGGAGGUUAAAUUUCUGUGGGGGUAAUGAUGGAACUUCUCUAAGAUGAACAUGGCUGUGGAGUUAAUUGUAUUUGCAAGCUUGAAUUUCACCUGUGAUUAAUUUAUGUUUUGUGUUCUUGGUAUUGUUACUUGAGUUUUCUCAUAUGCCAAUAUAUUUAUUAUAGGAUUAUAUUUUUUCGCUAAUACCUUGUCUUCCCAUACUUUUUAAGUUGGAGGGUCAUUUCUGGCUUUGUUUGAUAUUUUGAAUGGUAGUUCUUGUAGCUGGUCAUUUCUCUCCCUUUUCGUGUGUAUAAAUUCAACAGAAGCUUGAAUUUGAGCUUCUACCUGCUUCUUUUCUAUACUGUACAUUGGUUUACUUAGACAGUGGCAGAUGUCUUGUUUGGUUUCAUUCAUGUGUGUCUACUUUUUGAUUAAAUAAGCUUACUUCAGCAGCUAUGAUAAAUUUUGGAUUCUAUAAGUUGUAUUCAGAGUUGUCUUUCACUUGUUUUUUUAGCAUCUUCCUUCAGCAUUAGUUAAGUAAAUUAUUUAAAAAAUUUUUUUGAAUUUCUGGAUAUUUUGAACAUU